GCAGCAGAAAAUGGUGAUGAAAAAGCAAUGUCUAAUUUAGCUAUGUGUUAUUCAAAUGGAGAAGGUACAGAAAAGAAUUUAGAAAAAGCUUUUUAUUGGCAUCAAAAAGCAGCAGAAAGUAACAAAGUAAAUUCCGGAAAUGAGGUUAUGAGGUCAUUCUUAAAACGCUUAAUAAUUCAUCAACUUUAA